CUUUGACGCGGUCGACAUUCGCCAAGAUCUCGUUUCACAGCCUGUUCUUACAAGGGCAAAAUCGUCAGUCUAAGCCCCAAAAAAAAUCCCCCAACGAAAAAACCGAUUGUGUUCCGCGCUAAAUGUUAAUUACCAAAAUGUCGGUGUGGGCGUGGUUUUGUCAGUGUGUAAUACCUCUCCGACAAUAACCAUCCAACAAAUAAUCCAGUCCGGUCACGACCAGACAUUUCCCGUUGCUUCCUCCUCAAGCUUUCCUAGAUCCUUUCAUCAACCGCAUUUUCCUUUUAUUAGCCAAGAGCGUUCUCUGUUAAUCUCCCAAAUCCGGAGAUCCGAUUUCUUUUUUUUUUUUUUCCGGGAAAAGAAAGUUUGUUUUUUUCCCUCUUCCCAAACGUACAUUGCGACAAAUGCCGGUCGCUUGAACCAGAUCUGAGGCGUAAAAUUCCGGUUUUGGUUCCUGUUAGCAGAAAAUGGGAGAAAAAUCGAGCUCAAAGGGAUGGUGCGGUUGGUUUCUGGUACUCGUAAUUUUGGCCCUGGUUGUGGGAGCUAUUGUAAUCACGAUCAAGAAGAAGCAAUCGGACCACUCCGACAAGGCCGCUCCGGUUCCUGGUCCUCCCGGCGCGAUUUCUCAGAAGUACGCCGACGCUCUGAAAAUUGCUAUUCAAUUCUUCGACGUACAGAAAUCGGGUAAGUUGGAGGACAACAAGAUAUCGUGGAGAGGGGAUUCUGGUCUAAGAGAUGGAAGCGACGCGAAGGUGGAUCUGUCGAAAGGAAUGUACGACGCAGGAGAUCAUAUGAAGUUUGGUUUUCCCAUGGCGUUCACCGCGACAGUGUUGUCGUGGACGAUACUCGAGUACGGAGAUCAAAUGGAUGCGGUGGACCAGCUGGAGCCUGCUCAGGACUCUCUCAAGUGGAUCACUGACUUCCUUAUUAACGCUCAUACUUCGGAGAAUGUCCUCAUUGUUCAGGUGGGUGACCCUAAUAAGGACCAUAAGUGCUGGGAGAGGCCUGAAGAUAUGACUCAGAAGAGGCCUCUCACACAGGUCAAUACAUCCUUUCCAGGAUCUGAUGUAGCUGCUGAAACAGCCGCAGCUAUGGCUUCAGCCUCACUGGUUUUUAGGACAAGCAACCCAUCAUAUUCGAGCACACUUCUUAGGCAUGCUAAACAACUGUUUACUUUUGCUGAUAACCACAGAGGUUUAUAUAGUGAGAGCAUUCCGGACGUCCAGACCUAUUACAAUUCGACAGGAUAUGGGGAUGAGCUUUUAUGGGCAGCAAGCUGGCUCUUUCAUGCAACAGGGGACCAUUCGUACUUUGAUUAUGUGAGAGGAAAAAAUGGACAAGAAUUUGCUGAUUGGGGAAGUCCAACCUGGUUUAGCUGGGAUAACAAGCUUGCAGGAACUCAGGUUUUGUUAUCCAGAAUAAGCUUCUUUGGUGCCAAGGGCACAUCAAAUAGUGCUGGCCUCUUGAAGUACAGAGAGACUGCUGAGGCUGUUAUAUGCGGCCUCCUACCAGAUUCUCCAACUGCAACAGAAAGCAGAACAAAAAGUGGUCUUAUAUGGGUGAGUGAAUGGAACGCUCUACAACAUCCUGUUGCUUCUGCAUUCUUGGCUGCUCUUUAUAGUGAUUACAUGCUUACAUCUAGAACAGCAAAGGUAUCCUGCAGCGGGAAAUCCUUCACACCAGCCGAUAUUCGCAAAUUUGUUAGAUCUCAGGCUGAUUAUGUACUGGGCGAAAAUCCUAUGAAAAUGAGCUUCCUUGUGGGAUAUGGGGACAAAUAUCCGCAAUAUGUUCACCACAGAGGCGCUUCUAUUCCGGUUGAUGCGAAGACGGGUUGUACUGAUGGUUUCAAAUGGCUUGAUUCAACCGAGCCCAAUCCCAAUGUUGCUAUUGGAGCACUUGUUGGUGGACCAUUUCAAAAUGAAACAUUUAUUGAUUCCCGGAACAACUCCAUGCAAGUGGAGCCAAGCACAUACAACAGUGCCGUGAUGGUUGGUCUUCUAUCAAGCUUGGUCACCACUUCUUCAGCAGUUCAAUCCUUCGCCUAAAAAGUUACUAAAAAGCUGUUACACAUGUUUGAUUUGUUGUAUUAUAUAUAUAUAUAUAUAUAUAUAUAUAUGCAAGACCAAUUCUGUGAUCAAUUUUAGUACUUUAGUAUUUUGUUUUACAUGAUGAACUCUGAGGUGGCUUCUCGCCUUUGCUGCUCUGAGCUCUUCUAGUUACUUGUUUUGGUAGCAGAAUGUUUUUUUUUUUUUUUAAGUAAAUAAGGAGAUCUCUUUAUUAUUACUC